AUGUCGUCCGCCCAUGAGCACGCGCCAUCUCCCACGACCACUGCUGUCGAGAAAACGCUAGAUACCGACACUGAAGCUGGUCAAAUGAAGCCACCGAUAAAUGUGGACCCACCAGACGGCGGCGUCAAAGCCUGGCUGACGAUUUUGGGUGUUAGCUGCGUGUCCAUAGCGACAUUUGGCACCGUCAAUGGAUAUGGUGCCUUCAACGACUAUUAUCAGACAACAUACCUAUCUAACUACUCCCCCACCCUCGUGUCGAUGAUUGGCGCCAUUCAGGUGUUCAUGUUAUAUGUUUUCGCCAGUGUCUCUGGCGCCCUUUUCGACGCGUUAGGACCGCGACUCAUGAUACCUAUAAGCGGGCUCGUGUCAUCCUUUGCAAUGUUCAUGCUGUCGAUCUCCCAACCACAAAGGAUAUAUCAGCAAUACCUGACACAAGCAGUUCUUUUCAGUUUGGGGGCAACUUUUGCCUUCUUCCCUUCAAUUGCCGUCUGUGCACAUUGGUUCAAACGCAAGCUUGCUUUUGCCCUCGGCUUUCCUAUUGCCGCAGCAAGCUUGGGCGGAAUCGUUUACCCCAUAAUGCUCGACCAUCUCAUUCCCAAGAUCGGGUUUGGCUGGACAAUCCGCAUCCUUGCCUUCAUCGUCCUGUUUUGCUUCAUCGUCGGUUCGCUCACGAUAACAACGCCGCGCCCACCAAAACCGCUACCAAAACUCAGUCAACUCCUCGCCUUUCAUGCUUUCCGAGACCCGACCUAUCUCUGCCUGUGUCUUGGUGGCUGGUUUAGCGUGAUGUCAAUAUUUAACCCGUUCUUUUAUGUCGGGUUGUAUGGUGAGGUAGCAAGCGGCGGCCCCUCCAAAUUGACCCCCUACUACCUCGCCAUACUGUGUGCUACCGCCAUUGUGGGACGGAUUUUGCCAGGCUUCAUAGCCGACCGAGUUGGAAGGUACAACGUCAUGGCAGCGACCACACUGAUCUCGGGCGUGCUUAUCCUCGCGAUGUGGUACACCGCUACCGAGCAGCCCAGCCUCAUCGCAUUUUCUGCGCUUUACGGGUUCUUCUCUGGGCCAUUUUUUGCUCUGUUCUCUCCCUGCAUUGUGUCAAUAUCUCCUAUCCAUGAGGUCGGCGCGCGAAUCGGCAUGUCGUUUGGCUUCAUGUCGACCGCUGCAAUUGCGGGAACCCCAAUUGGCGGUGUCUUCAUUCGAACCACGACAGUGCACAAUUUCAGACAUCUGAUAUUGUACUCGGGUGUGUUUGCGGUCGUCGGGUCGGUAUUCUUUUGUGCUGCGAGGGUCCUAAGGAGUCGAAAGCUUUGGGCCGCUGUAUAG